UGGAUGGCAAGUCUCGGCCCAAUUAUACUCGUCUCUCUUCACCAUUGAUUUCGGACGUCAGAUUCAAGUCAUUCGCCACAAACCAAGAUGCCCCCCAAGAACACACGCGGACGACGAGGUGCCUCUAAAGGCGGCAAGGCUGCCAAGAAGGACACGACGGUCGAAUCGGUGCCGGUCGAGCGCACCCUGGCCGACAAAUUGGCCGACGACGGCAUCAUCGCCACGUGCGCCAUGAGCGCGCGCUCGGUGCAUUCCAACUUCAAGGACAUCAACGUGUUGGAUUUCUCCAUCACGUACUACGGGAAGGUGCUCAUGGAGAGCUGCGACAUCUCGCUCAACUACGGCCGUCGGUACGGUCUCAUUGGGCGCAACGGGUCUGGCAAGUCCACGUUCAUGAACGUGUUGGGUGCACGCGGCGUGCCGAUCCCGGACAGCAUUGACAUCUACCACUUGAAGCACGAAAUCGAAGCGACCGACAUGACGGCUUUGGAAGCCGUGACGUCCGUGGACGAAGAACGCAACCGGUUGCAAGCGGAAGUCGACGACUUGUCGGAGAAGAUGCUCGACGAAAGCGUGAGCGACGACGACAGCGAAGCGAUCACGAACCGCUUGACCGACAUCUACGAGCGCUUGGACGAGAUGGACGCCGACACGGCCGAACUCCGCGCGCGCACGAUUCUCGCGGGGUUGACCUUUACGGACGCGAUGAUGCAAAAGAAGACGCGCGAGUUUUCCGGAGGAUGGCGCAUGCGUAUCGCACUGGCCCGCGCCUUGUUCAUCCAGCCGACACUGCUGCUGCUCGACGAACCGACCAACCAUUUGGACAUGGAAGCCGUGGUGUGGCUAGAAGACUACUUGUCCAAGUGGAAGAAGAUCUUGCUCCUGAUUUCGCACUCGCAAGAGUUUAUGAACACUGUGUGCACAAACAUCAUCGACCUGAAGGCGAAAAAGCUCGAGUACUACUCUGGCAACUACGACACGUACGUCAAGACCAAGGAAGAGAAGGAGGAGAACCAAAUGAAGAAGUACGCGUGGGAACAAGACCAGAUCAAGCACAUGAAGGACUACAUCGCGCGCUUCGGGCACGGGUCGGCCAAGCUCGCUCGCCAAGCCCAGUCCAAGGAGAAGACCCUCGCCAAGAUGGUGCGCGAAGGGCUCACGGAGAAGGUGGUGAAAGAAGUGGAAGGGGACUUCAAGUUCCCCAACCCCGAGCGCCUGCCGCCCCCCGUGCUCAUGUUUCAAGACCUGGCGUUUGGCUACCCCAACUGUCCGUUGCUCUACAAAGAUGUAGAGAUGGGGCUCGACAUGGACUCCCGCGUCGCGCUCGUCGGCGCCAACGGGUCGGGUAAGACGACGCUGCUCAACUUGAUCACGGGGCAGCUGAUGCCAGUCCAUGGCAACGUGCGCCCGCACUCGAAGCUCCGCGUGGCGCGCUUCACGCAGCACUUUGUGGACGUGCUCGACUUGUCCCAGAGUCCGCUCGAGUACUUUCGCACGAUCUUCCCUAACAAGUCGCUCGAAGAAGUGCGCUCAUACUUGGGCCGGUAUGGCAUUUCCGGCGAAGUGCAGUCGCAAGUGAUGGAGCAGCUGAGUGACGGACAGAAGUCGCGCGUAGUGUUUGCAUACAUUGCCAACCAAAACGCGCACAUUUUGCUCUUGGAUGAACCGACAAACCACUUGGACAUGGAAAGUAUCGACGCGUUGGCCCGCGCGAUCAAUGCGUUCGAAGGCGGCAUGCUGCUCGUGUCCCACGACAUGCGACUCAUCUCGCAAGUGGCCAAGGAGAUUUGGCUCGUGGAAGACCAAAAGAUCCGUGUGUACGAAGGCGAGAUUUCCGAUUUCAAGAUGCGAGUGAAGAAGCAGCUGAAAUUGGCAUAGACGGAGCCGGUAGAUUUGGUGUAUCUAAUAUAUUAUGCUACCGUUUUGGAAUGGGGA